GUAUUGGUCCAGUGCAGCUCGGCACGUUUUGGAUGUUUCUAUAGAAAACAGAAUUUUGCCUGUAUGUGUGUCAGACGUGUGUCUGUAGUGAUGGAGCGUCGGUUCUAGGUGAAAGGUCAACUCGGCUGCCUCCAUCCCGUCCGUGCUGGCACGCUCCGUACAAGUGCGUCUAUAUUUGUGCCUGAGCCUUGCCCCCGCGGGGGUGACUCGGGGCAGAGAAACGCCAUCCCGAGAGACGAGACUUCUGGUUUAGUAUUUCCGUCGCAGCGGCGCGAAGCUUCUCGAAUAUCCGUCCCUCCGGAUCGGAUUGACAUUGCGAGCAUAGAGCUGAACGUGGAGCGGCGAUAGCUUCAAUCAUACGUGCACAUACCGCCCCCGUCUACGCCGCCUGGCCGGCACACUAAAGCCACCCGAACAUGGAGGACUUCAAGCGACGCUACGCCGCGGAGGAAGCGGACCAGUUUCCCGCGGACUCGGACCUGAGCCGCUCGGGCCCCGGGCGGUACAGCGACCGCAGCCUGAAGCGCCGCAGCCUGAACCAGACUGCGGCGGGGUCCCGGUUCCGUCGCUCCGCCACGCUAGGUCCCGAGGCACGGGCACGCCGCAGACAGACCUGGGACGGGGCAGGGUCCAACCUCGCCGCAUUUCUCUUCGCCAAUGACCUGAAAGCAGCGACGAGAGGUGUGUAUAAUAUGGGGGUCGUUACCAUCAUUUUCGAUGCCGUCAUUCUCCUGAGCGGCUAUCUGGAGUACGCGGUGAUUUUUGCCAUGGGAGCGUACAUUUCCUACUUCUUGGCGUACUUCUUCUCCACGGCGAAGGCGGUUCGGGACCAGGCAGCGGCGUCGCCUCCUCAAGAACAAGGGGGGAGGGCGACAACAAGUCAGGAACAGAGAGCAACAGACGGAGGGACGACGAGAAGACGUAGAAACCGACGAUCGGGUCGAAAAAUGGGGAAUAAAAACACGAGCGAGUCGAAGGCGCCGGUCGAGAGCGUCUCCCUUCACGGCAUGUCGGGCACUUCGGCCCGAGAGGACGACAAAGACGGUUACGAUGGCCUUGCGAUAUGCACCGAUGUCAUUCCGAGCAAGGACGACUAUAGGCAACUGGAUUUUGAAAAGACGAGUCUACAAGAUCCUUGUACGAUGGAUCAGGAAGACGCCGUUGAACGCCCGACGAGCGAGGACACCCCUGGUCAAGCAGGGGAGGAGGAAAGGGGCGUAUCGGAACCUACUGACCUGAAGCGGCUCAGCCCGCGGAUGGCCGACGGCGAAACGGCCGUGGGAACUGAGGCAGGCGGAGACAAAGGUGAAUCCACAGGUGGGAACUCAGGUGUGCUUAACGCUACUGAUGGGGCGUGCACGGACCGCAGCACCAUAAACUCUGAUCUUUCUGCUUCUAUGAGUAGCAAAAAAGGCGCAGGGGAGGAAAAUAGCAAGGAAAGCGAGGGCAGUCAGUCGCUAGGUAGUGCUAGCACUCAGUCUGACAGCGGUCAAACGCUUAAGGGAAAGCCUAAGGGGGGACGGAGGAAGAGCAGGAGGCAAAGAACAAACAACAAGACGGCGGUAGGCGUAACUUGCGCCAGGAACAAUACUGUAAUCGAAGCGACAGGUAAAGGGGGUGCAGCCAGUGAAUGUAAGCAAUUAGGUAGAAAGGGCAGCGCUGACGAGCUUUUGUUGGUUGGUGGCGAGAGUUUAAGGCAGCCAGAUGUGAAGGAAUUAAGCAGUAACUCUGAUACGAUCAAGGCAGACAGCAGAGCCAAAGUUUACGAUCCGAACAAUAGCGAAGGAAGACCAGACAAAGGUGAGGUUAAAGGUCUCCCCGCUUCAGCAGAGUUUGGGAGUAGAAAAACAGGUGAGACUGAUGUCACUGAUAGUGCGACCGAACCUGUCGACGUGAGAGGGCAUGUGUUAAACCGUCUCAAGCCUUCGGUUGAUCCCGAGCUCUCAGUGGAAGCUCAGUGUUCUCAAGGAUCCGAGUCGAUGGAGAUGUUUCACACGGUUGCUACCGAGAUCGCGUCUUGCGACGGCGCCGACGGGUUGAGACCAAAGCUUAGCGCUGAGAUAGAAGACGCAGGUGGCGACGCGGUUCUCGGGACUAAAAGUGAAGACGCCGGGCAGAACACUGGGCGUAGACAAGGCGUCUGUGGGCAAGUCGAGGGCGUAACCAGCGGCCAGACGCCAGCAGACGAAAACGAUACCUUGUCUCAUGAUGACGGGAAGAAAAGAACCAGCGACCAAUCGACAGACGAGGCUUCAGUCCAAGAUGGCAGCCUUGAGCCGGCUUGUGAAGAAGUUGACAGUCGUAGCGGCGAAAAGUUGGAGGAAAAUCAACAAGAAGGCACGUCAUUUCCGGUUAGUGCACUUGAGGGUGAGACAGGGAGGAAAGGUGGAAGGGACAGCGGCUGUGACGUUGACGUUGGUGACGCUGACGUCACGCUAGCGUGGGGUGAAAGCGACGCCGACGCUGAGAUUGAGAGUUGCGACGAAAAGUGUGUCCCAGCUGUAGGCGACGCCACGAGGUGUCCCGCAUUAUCUCCACCUGUCAGUCACAACACUAACCACGCCAACAUUGUUGGCAACGAUUCGGAAACCCAGAGCUCCAGCUUGUCCUGUACAGACGUCGCUUCGUCUUCAGCCAAAGACGGCGACGAUCAAGGAAGACCAAACAGGGACAGUGGAGUCGACUUUGUUCUAGACGACUCUCGUGGCGGCGACGACGGGGCAGACGUACCCGCCGCGCCUGACAAAACUGAAAACAAAGCCUUGAAAAUCUCACAGGACACAAAAGUUGACCACCAGACACUCUCGCCAAACGAGACUAGCGACAGUGAGAGCAUAACCAAGAACUCAAGGUGGGUCUUACGUAACACCUUUUUAACGAUGCGGACAAGACGGAAUAUGACAAAGAAGACCAUGAACUCAGAGAGCGCUUCUCCAAAUGUUGAAACAGAGAUUGUCGCUUCGCCUACUUCCAUGUCGAACACAGACGGCAUGGAACAACAUCAGAACAGCAGCAGCGACGAAAAGACACCAGGGGGCACGACUCAAAAGGUAACCGCGCGAAAAAUUAAACUCACAUUAGAUCAAGCACUGUGCCCUCCACAAUCGAGCAGUGAUAAUAUACAUGUCAGCGUUGGUUUUGAUGUGCCCAAUGUUGCAAAGAACAGCACAAACCUCCAGAAAACAUCAACACCUAGAGAUGAGGAAAACGACGCUGAUCAGCAUUUGAAUGCCGAAAACAAAAGUACCGAUGAAAAAGUACUUGAAGAUGGCAACACUGAACCUAGUGAGAGCAUUAUAGGUGAAAGUAUCGCACAGAAUAGCAAAGAUCAGCUUCUGAAUGUCGAAAACAAAAGAACGGGUGAGGAAUUACAUGAAAAUGUCAAAUCUGAUUCGAGUGAGGAUGCCACGGGUGAAAGUGCCACACAGAGUGACACCGAUCAGCUUUUGAAUGUCGAAAACAUAAGUAUGGAUGAAAAAGAACUUGAAAACGGUAAAGCUAAAUCAAGCGAAAACAUUGCAGAUGAAAGUACACCACAGAAUAACGCUGAACAGCUUCUGAAUGUAGAAAACAAAAGUAUCGAUGAAAAAGAAGUUCAAAACGGUAAAUCUGAAUCAAGCGAGAACUUUGCAGGUGAAAGUAUCGCACAGAAUGAGGCUGAUCAACUUUUGAGUGUUGGAAACAAAAGUACCGAUGAAAAAGAACUCGACAACGGCAAAGCUGAAUCCAACGAAGACACUUCAGCCGAAAGUGUCGCACAGCUUUUGAAUGUCGCAAACAGCAACUCCGAGGAAAAGCCGGGAGAGAAUGCUUCAAUAGGGACGAGUGGUGAUAAUAGCACUGCUAGUACAUGUGUCGGGAAUGUAAGUAGGUCGCCGGUUGAAACGUCCCGCGCCGUUGUUGACCCCACUCCAGGCGGGCCGAUCCAUCAGUUUGCACAGCGGAAUUCCAACAGCCUAUCAGGGGGCAGCUCUGACAACCAGCCCUCCGCGCAGCUGCCGCUCUCGUGCCCAGGCACUUCCGGGUACUGGUCCGAUCCCGGGGCGGAGUGUGGCAGUGCUAGUCCGUUAGAUUUUUCCGUAGAUCCUGCGCCUUUCCUAGACGACACCUUUGCCGGCAUGAUGCCGCUUUACCCGCGCGGGCAGCAACGGCAGCCCGCAGACUCCUUACGGAGGAGAAGCCUACGGUCCUCCACCAGUGUGGAAGCGGCGCUACGGUACUACGAUGCACCGGAACGCUCCCGUACCCCUCCCCCUCACUCUAUGUACAAGCCGUCUGCGUACUACCGGAGGAGUAUGAUCGAUCUGAGAGAGGGGUACGUCCCUCCAUCCUCGCGUACCGAGGCCAGGAGGAGAGAAACAAGGCCCAAGGAAGUUGUGAAGACGGAGGUCAAGUCUGCGGAGAUCAAGAGGGAGACGCCGGUCCUUAAGCAGGUACUCCUCGCCUCCACCACACCACCCUUAAGGAGGCGCAGCGCCGAGGAUCUAUCGAAGGAAAAGGAGAAGCUGGAGGCUAAGAUCGCGGCUAAACAGGAGCCGGCAGUGACCACUGGAGAGACGCAGGAGAAAAUACACGCCACCAAAGUCAUCGUAGAAGACGUAGAACCCGUCGAAGUGGAGGAGAAAGAGGCCGAAAAGCAGGUCGAAGCGACAGAAAUAGAGAUAGAACCACCCCGCACGGAUGUAAAGGAUAGGCCGCCCUCCCCACCUCCACCCACGACCGUAGACCAACCGCCCCAGAAACCGGACACGAUCCCAACAGACACAACACCACCAAAGAUCGAAGAAACAACUACAACAAUAGAACAAGAACGACUUGACGAAACGACGACAACAAAAGAUGACGAGCCACCAGCGAAGGAAGAACCCAAGGAACUCCCUCGGCGAAGCGUUGUGUACACAGCCAUGGAGGCUCUGGAGAGCGAGCUGCUCUGCCCGGUGUGCCUGGACCACUUCAAGUCGCCUCUCCUCCUGCCCUGCCUCCACAGCGUCUGCAGCAAAUGCGCCGAAGGCAUCCUCGUCCAUCCCAACGGCGACCCCAUGUCCAAAAUCGGCGCAGCCAGCGACUACCGUGACGAACCCCGCAGCAGCCUCAAGUGCCCUUCCUGUAGACACGAGAUCAUCCUGGACGGCAGAGGCUUGGACGGGCUUAAGAGGAACUUGAUCCUGGAGAAUAUCAUCGAUAGGUACAAGCAGGCCACGUCGGUGUCGAACUUUCCCGGCGGGGGGAAGAAGGUGGUCCCGUGCGACGUGUGCAGGAGCGACCCCCCGAAACCGGCCGUCAAGAGCUGCGUGAAAUGCGAGCUGUCCUACUGCGAAACGUGCCUGAAGUUGACGCAUCCUACAACGAGGACUGGCAAGACGGCGUUUGCCGACCACAAGUUCGUGGUGCCGACCGUAGACCCGCAGACCAAGGUGUUAAUGUGCACGGAACAUCGGGAAGAAAAGGUGAACCUGUUCUGUGUGACUGACGACACGCCGGUGUGUUCCCUGUGUAAGCUGGUGGGCAGACACAAGGAACACGAGGUCAAGCCGCUGGAGAUCACAUACAACGAGCAGAAGGAAAAACUUGCCAAGGAUGUGCAGGAGUUGGUGGGCAUCAACACGGAGAUGGUGCACUACAUCGCCAAGCUGCGGUCACUCUGUGAGAUGGUGGAGCAAAACUUUUCGAAGAUGGAGGUGUCGGUGAAGGACGAGUUCUCUCGGCUGAGGAUGAUCGUGGAUGAGCGGGAGAAGGCCAUGGUGGGGAAACUGCAUGACGAGAAGGCCAGACGAGUGGAGGACAGAAAGCAACAGGUUGCAGUUUACAGGAAAACGCUAGAGGGUACAACUGCAGCAGUAACGUACGCACAGGAGGCACUCAAGGAACCAAACGAAGGCUGCUUUUUGCAGACAUCUAAGGCCAUCAGUAAGAGGGUUCGGAUGGCGAUAGACUCCACCCCGUCUCUGCAAUCGUCCACGGAGCUGGUGGAUCAGCUGCAGCUCAAACACUUCCAGAUCGACUUCUCCAACCUGGUGCCCAUGCUCGGACAGCUAGACUUCCUCAAAAUUCCGAGUACUCCCGAGUUCCUGACAGAGCAAUGCUCUGCAGAGGAGAGCUCAGUGUAUCUCAGAUGGCAUUGUGUGGACGUUUCCGCAUUUGAUACAUAUCAGGUGCAAUACGCCCGGUCCUAUGCGUCUAGUGCAAUCGUCAGCUCCAUCUACAAGACCAUUUCCGACAUCAACGACGUGAGAACGACCAUCUCGGGUCUGCAGCCGGACACACAGUACACGUUCUUCGUGCGGGCAGUCAACAAGGCCGGCCAGACCCCGAGAAGCGAGGGCCUGAAGAUGAGGACCAAAACUGCAGCGUUCAAGUUCACGCUGGACCCUGACACGGCUCACCCGGACCUGGACAUCUCGGACGACGGCUGCUCGGUCACGUACGACUCGGCCGGCUCGUCGCGCCGAAACGUUCCAACGCGCCCCGAGCGCUUCACGGAUUACGUGGCGGUCCUGGGGAACUCGGUGGUCAGCCAGGGACGUCACUACUGGGAGAUCGACGUCAGCAGGAGCCGCGGCUACAGGAUCGGCGUGGCGUACAAAUCCACGCCGAGGAACGAGUACAUCGGCAGCAACAACUCCUCCUGGGCCAUACAGUGCCACAACAAGAGGUUCGCGCUGUGGCAUCAGAACAAAUCACAGACGAUCCAGCUCUCCUCGCCGCCCUCUAAGAUCGGUAUACUGGUGGACUUCUCGUCGGGAACCCUGACGUGUAUAACCAUGUCUCAACCAGGGAACAAGCAACAGAUCUACUCCUUCCAGACGAAGUUUAGAGAGGCUCUAUGCCCGGCGUUCGCUGUGUGGGACAACUGUUUAACUGUCAUCUCUGGGCUGCCCACGCCAACCAUUUAGACUACAGUAGAGAGAGAUGACCAAUCUCAAUGUGCAAAACCUUCGCAAUGAACAUUCAUUACAUGAAGUCCAAUGUAAGCAUAACUUAAAGUAUGCGUAAAUGUUCCCUUUUUUUGACUGAAAAACGGAAUCUUAACGCAUACUUUAAGGUAUGCAGAAACACCACAUUUCAUGCAGUGAUUCAAGCAGAUAAGAUGUGUGGUUCGUUUUGUACGUCUUUCAUAUGGUGUUUUUCUUUGCGUAUAGUAAGGCAUGCGUCACCUGAAAGGUCUACAGAAAUAGCACACAUCUGUUCUACUGCGAUGUAACCUCCAGUUAAAGAAUAGGGAAAACAGCCCUUGUCGAGGCUAUGUUUUGUUACAAUAGCUUUUACUGAGUACGCCUGCUACGCAAAAGGGCUUCCUUGUAUAGGUACGCUGCUACAAAAUGUCGACAACUGUGCAUAACGUUUCUAGACUUAACUGUAUAGCAAACUGGCAUACAGCUAUUGUACUAUUGAAAUAUUGUAUAGGGUGACGGUGCAUGAACCUUUGAUAGAUAAAGGGCAGUCAGUACUGUGCAAUACUAUGAGAGGGGGAGAUGAAACGCUUGGGCAAAAUUUGUACUGUGCAAAAUUAUAAGACUGUAGGGGUGAGGGAUAGAGUAUAUAACGUUUCCUUAGCUGUACAUAUGUACGAACUGUUAACCAGUAUCCACAUAUAGAUUUGUGCAGCAAUGCCGUAUGGUAAUAAAGAAGUGCUAUAUUAAUAAAAGCAGCCUUGUGAAUUAUCGAAGCAAAUAGGGCUGCCAAAUGCUAGCUUUUGUAUAAUAAUCAACAUCAUCACGACCAUAUAUUUGUCACAAAAUCCAUAUGUAAAAAAAUACAGUGUGUUUAAGUGUGGAUUUUUGUAUUGAAUGCCGAGAUACAUAUUGUCAAAAGUGGCUACCACGUGGAGGGCAGUCAUGUGAAAUCAGGGCAUGUAAUAGUCUAAGUUUGUUACGUCUUAGCUCAUGUUAUACCCAGCCACAUUUUCCAUGUUGCUACUUUGCCAAACAUAGCUAAAUUUUCAAAAGCCACCAUCUUUAUUUUGCUAACGUUGCAGCAAAAAAUAGACAUGACGAAUCGGAAACUAUAUUGGACGACAUGCAACGGUAGAAACCUUGACAGUUUAGAGAAAUUCACAAGAACGGUUUGUUGUGUUAGGAAAGCCAACGUUGAAUGAGAGAGGGAAAGAGAGAGAGAGAGAUGGUAAACUGACGACGAUGAAGUAAGAGAAAAGUUAAAAGGGAGUGAAACUGAAUGAAGGAAUUAAAAGCCAUGGAAGAGUGCUUCAAG